UUUCAUUGCGGUGACUAGCGUUUGUGACAAGUCGGCUUCAUCUAGUUUAUUUUGUUAAUUAUUAAAAUCUCCUAGCGAAGAAAUCCCGUAAGAUGUUCCUGACACGUUCCGAGUACGAUCGUGGUGUAAACACAUUUUCUCCAGAAGGUCGACUCUUCCAAGUCGAAUAUGCAAUUGAAGCCAUUAAACUUGGAUCGACCGCAAUUGGAAUCUCAACAUCGGAGGGGGUAAUUCUAGCCGUGGAAAAGCGCACGUCUUCCGUCCUGAUGGAGCCGACAACCGUGGAAAAAAUCGUCGAGGUCGACAAACACAUCGGCUGUGCCGUUUCCGGAUUGAUGGCUGAUUCCAGGACGAUGAUCGACAGGGCGCGAGUCGAGUGCCAGAAUCACUGGUUCAUUUAUAAUGAGAAGAUGACCGUCGAGUCGGCGGCUCAGGCUGUUUCCAAUUUGGCCAUUCAGUUCGGAGACAGUGACGACGAUGGCAGUGCCAUGUCCCGACCGUUUGGAGUCGCGAUUCUUUUCGCCGGUAUUGACGAGAAAGGACCUCAACUUUUCCAUAUGGAUCCCUCGGGAACUUUCGUUCAAUUCGAUGCCAAAGCCAUUGGCUCGGGAAGUGAGGGCGCUCAACAAUCACUUCAAGAAGUUUAUCACAAGUCGAUGACAUUGAAGGAGGCAGCGAAGUCAGCCCUGACGAUAUUGAAGCAAGUCAUGGAGGAAAAAUUGAACGACACAAACAUCGAAGUAAUGUCAAUGACGCCCGAAAAAUUAUUCCACAUGUAUACGAGGGAUGAGUUACAAGAGGUGAUUAAAGACAUUGCUUAAUUUACCAAAAGCGAUCAGUUCUCGAUUCUCUGAAAUGCAGUGCAUCGAGAAAAACUGACGAGUGAAAAGUGCGUCGAAUCAUUGUGAAUUUUCCUUGCCUCGGCAAGUAUUCGCGUUACUUAUACAAUAUACAUACUACACUAUUUCUUACACUAGGUUUUCCCAAAAAAGAAACGCGCAAAAAGAAAUACAAAAAAAGGAAAAUGGAAA